UUAUUUAAACAAUUUGAUUUGGAUUAUUUAAGUGUACGAACACAUGCUCUGGGGCAGUCAAAAUAUAAUCCCGUUGAAAGAAGGAUGGCAACGUUAUCUGGAAAACUUGCAGGUAUUACCUUACCAGUUGAUCACUUCGGCAAGCAUUUAGAUUCACAAGGCAAAAUUAUAGAUUCUGAAUUGGCUGUUCAAAAUUUUCAAUAUGCUGGAGAAAUUCUUUGCGAUGCUUGGAGUUGUAAUUUAAUUUUUGGAAAGUGUGUUUGUACUCAAUAUGUCGAUACAUUUACAAAUCUAUUUAAUAAUUUACAGUUCGAGGGUUCAGAAAAGGAAAUGAUCGAAGAAUUAAAAAGGCAAGAAAAGCAAAACCAAAUAAAUAUAGAAAAGAAAGAUGAAGCACCUGAAUGUUUUAUUCCAUGGUCCUGGAUUGAAAAUCACUGCAACUUGUGCGCAUAUUCUACUGAUAUUAAAAAAUGCAAAGAUAUUAAUUGUUGUGGAGUGUUUAGAGCAAAAGAAGUGAUAGAGUUUCUUGAAUGCUAUAAUGGUUUUUUGCCACCUGUUACUAGAGCUAAAGAUGGUCAUUAUAUGAACCCUAUCCACUUACUUCAGUAUUAUGAUCUUCUGAAAAUUCCAGGUUAUGAUGCUCAUUGUCUAUCUCUUGAAAAAAAUUCUUAUUCACAUCCAAGCAUGGUACUUUGGAUGAAAUUUUCUGAACUAAGAGAUUCUAUGUCGGAUAUAGAGUU